GGGCUCCGGGUCCCGUGCGCGCGCGGCCCCGCUCGCGCCCAAGGUGACACCGCGCGCGCAGCGGACCGUGGGCGCGCGCACGGCCCCCUGGCUCUCAGGGCCAGCACUAGCUGGCAGCCGGCGGGGGCGCAGGCGCAGCGCAAAGGCGGCCGGGAGUGAGGCGGAGCUGAAGGAGGAGCUUGAAGGAUGCGUGCGGGAAGGGGUGUGGCUGAUUUAGGAGCCCGAGGAAGGGCGCAGUUCUUACCGAAUUGGAAUCGCGGGAAAAAAGACAGGCGUUUGUUUGAAGGCCUCGCGAGACUGAGUGAUUCCGGUUAGCCAGAGUCAUGAGAUCUCUCGCGAUAGAUGUAGCAAGCGCCCCUCUGCGAGCGGUUGUUGGGGAGUGUGGUGAAUACUCUCGCGAGAUUUGAAGGUACGGCGGCGGCAGCGGCCAGCAGGAGGAAGGACCGGAAGUUUCUCAUCUUGAGCGCCCAAUGCAAGAAGCGGCCCGACUUUCCUAACCGGAAGCCCUUUCCAGCGGAUAGGAAGACGGCCCACCUGGAGGAAGUCCCACCUCCUCGAGCUCCCCCACCCUUCCAGAAGUUUUUCUGUCACCUGUGUUAGCCUCCCUCCUCUUUCCCCGUUUUAUUCUCGUACCAGAGAAGGAUCCGUUUAGUGUCGCCCUCCCAGCUCCACCAGACGGGUUGGACAUCUCGUUCCCCAAUCGGGGUUCUUUCCCCGGUGCCCCAUGUAGCUGGGAAGUGGGACCUGGGGGUGAUUGGACCCCUGGGAUCCUGAAGGAGGGGCAGGGCGCAGAACUACGCUUCCGUCCGGGUUACCAGAACGCGGCCUUCACAGCCUCUCCUCUCUCGCUACCAUGCACCCCGGGGCCUUCCCGCUUCCUGUGGUUGUGGCCACUGUGCUGUGGGGAGCGGCCCCCAUCCGGGGGCUCAUUCGAGCGAUCUCGGACCACAAUGCCAGCAUGGACUUUGCAGACCUUCCAGCUUUAUUUGGGGCUACCCUGAGCCAGGAGGGGCUCCAGGGGUUCCUUGUGGAGGCUCACCCAGACAAUGCUUGCAGCCCCAUUGCCCCACCACCCCCAGCGCCGGUCAAUGGGUCAGUCUUUAUUGCACUGCUUCGAAGAUUCGACUGCAACUUUGACCUCAAGGUUCUAAAUGCCCAGAAGGCUGGGUAUGGUGCAGCUGUAGUACACAAUGUGAAUUCCAAUGAACUCCUGAACAUGGUGUGGAAUAGUGAGGAAAUUCAGCAGCAAAUCUGGAUCCCCUCUGUGUUUAUUGGAGAGAGGAGCUCCGAGUACCUGCGUGCCCUCUUUGUCUACGAGAAGGGGGCUCGGGUGCUUCUGGUUCCGGACAAUAGCUUCCCCUUGGGCUACUACCUCAUCCCUUUCACAGGGAUUGUGGGACUACUAGUUUUGGCCAUGGGAGCAGUAAUGAUAGUUCGUUGCAUCCAGCACCGGAAACGGCUUCAGCGGAAUCGACUUACCAAAGAACAACUGAAACAGAUUCCUACGCAUGACUAUCAGAAGGGAGACCAGUAUGAUGUCUGUGCCAUCUGCCUGGAUGAAUAUGAAGAUGGAGACAAGCUGCGAGUACUGCCUUGUACUCACGCCUAUCACAGCCGCUGUGUGGACCCCUGGCUCACUCAGACCCGGAAGACCUGCCCCAUCUGCAAGCAGCCUGUUCAUCGGGGUCCAGGGGAUGAGGAUCAAGAGGAAGAAACUCAAGGGCAAGAGGGUGAUGAGGAAGGGGAGCCAAGGGACCACCCUGCUUCAGAACGGACCCCACUCCUGAGCUCCAGCCCCACCCUUCCCACUUCCUUUGGUUCCUUAGCUCCAGCCCCCCUUGUUUUCCCUGGGCUCUCAACAGAUCCUCUACCCUCUCCCUCCUCUUCCCCUGCCAUCCCGGUCUAGUACGGACCGUUUCCCCCAUGCACAGGUACCUCUGGUGACCUAUUUGCACAGAUCCUCUUCCUUCCUCCACUCUGCUAGUUGAGGGAAAGAGGAUAUUUCCAUCCCAUGUUUCUCAGUUACCCAGCCCUAUCCUUUUGAGGGGCUUUGGGGUGGGGGUGGGGGAGCAAAGGGACUGAGUCGUCACUUCUUGGGUUAAUAAAAUUGUUUUUGUGGACUAA